GGCCUCUCCACUCGGCUGUUUCCGGACACGGUUCAUCCUGAGCUCGGAUCAGUCUCGUUUUUCAGGCCCACUGAGCUCUCCACAGGCGCUUUCUCUCUUGCUUCCUCUAAAAAGUCACGGUCUGCACAUCUGUAAAAUGCCCACGAUUAAACUGCAGAGCUCUGACGGGGAGAUCUUUGAGGUGGACGUGGAAAUAGCCAAACAGUCCGUCACGAUUAAAACGAUGUUAGAAGAUUUGGGGAUGGAUGAUGAAGGAGAUGAUGACCCUGUUCCUCUCCCAAACGUCAACGCUGCCAUCCUCAAGAAGGUGAUCCAGUGGUGCACCCAUCACAAAGACGACCCCCCUCCCCCCGAAGACGACGAGAACAAGGAGAAGAGGACGGACGACAUUCCAGUGUGGGAUCAGGAAUUCCUCAAAGUGGACCAAGGAACGCUGUUCGAGCUGAUUUUGGCAGCGAAUUACUUGGACAUUAAGGGUCUUCUGGACGUGACGUGUAAAACUGUGGCCAACAUGAUCAAAGGAAAGACCCCCGAGGAAAUCAGGAAGACUUUUAACAUCAAGAACGACUUCACGGAGGAGGAGGAGGCGCAGGUACGUAAAGAGAACCAGUGGUGUGAAGAGAAGUAGCGCCCCCUGCUGUCACCUGCCGACACCUGUCCCCCCGCCCACUCUACAGAAGAAUGUCCCGUAACAUAAAACCAACACACACAAACUGCACUGGCGUUGUUCAUACUUGUUAAUAUUUAGUCCAUUUAGACCCACUUUACCCACAAUGCCCCUCUGCUCCUUUUCCUGUUUCAGAAGCAUGAACCUGUGUGAUGUAAUUAAUUUAAAUAAAACCUUUUGUUUGGACACUUUUGUUUGUGUACUGAUGAAGUAUAGUCCACAUGUUAGCUUGUACUUUUAGCCACAUGUUAGCUUGUAGCUUUAGCCACAUGUUAGCUUGUAGCUUUAGCCACAUGUUAGCUUGUACCUUUAGCCACAUGUUAGCUUGUAGCUUUAGCAUCCUCCUCUUUUUGUUUUUUUUUUACUUUUAUUUUGGGUCAGUGUUUUGAAUAAAGCUGGAGACUAAA